CUGUCCACCAGCAUGAGGAUCUUCAGCAAAGACGUCCGCCUUCAGGACAUCACCAUCAUGUAUUUCACUGGCCUGGCUGCCCUGAUGGUCAUCCUUGUGGCUUCGUAUCAGGCGCCCUCCAACGCCAUCGACGUGUCCAGCCUAAAGCCGAGCCCUUCCAGUUCUCUGCCACCUCUCCCCAUGCCUUUCCGUAUGCCUUUGGACCCACUUGGAAACCUGCAGCUGGCCUGGAACAUCAGCUAUGCCACCCAGGAGGUCUACAUACAGCUGAGGGUUGCAGAGCUCAGACACGGGGUGGUCCUGGGGAUGUCGGACCGCGGUGAACUCACCAACGCAGACCUGGUGGUGCUGUGGGACAAUGGAACAAGGAGCUACUUUGGGGACGCAUGGAGUGAUAGCAAAGGCCAUGUAUCACUGGAUAGCCAUCAAGACUACGAGCUGAUUGAAGCUAAACAGAAAGCUGAUGAAUUUUACUUGCUCUUCAAAAGACCAUUUAGUACCUGUGAUCCCAGAGAUUACAUCAUAGAGGAAGGAACCGUGCACAUCAUCUAUGGCUUGUUGGAUCAACCACUUGCCUCUCUUGGAGAUCUGAACCUGUCCAGAAUCCACAUGGGGGUUCAAAGAGUGUUGAUGCUUCGCCCUGACAUGCCAUCACCCACUCUGCCUCCAGAUGUGAAGACGAUGGAUGUUCUUGCUCCAAAUGUCAUCAUACCAAACCAAGAAACUACCUAUUGGUGCUUCAUCCAGAAGUUGCCUGAUGAUUUGCCCAAGAACCACAUUGUCAUGUAUGAAUCUGUCAUAACUCCAGGUAACGAAGCCAUCGUGCACCAUAUUGAAGUGUUUGAGUGUGCACCAGAUCUGCGAGAGGUACCACAGUACAGCGGCUCCUGUGACGACAAGAUGAAACCCAAAAAGCUCAACUUCUGCCGCCAUGUGCUGGCAGCGUGGGCAAUGGGGGCUGAGGCUUUUUACUAUCCCCCUGAUGCAGGGCUGGCCAUAGGUGGACCUGGUUCCUCAAGGUUUCUUCGUCUGGAAGUCCAUUACCACAACCCUCUCCUUAUAUCUGGCAGGCAUGACUCAUCGGGAAUACGACUGCAUUACACUCCCAACCUGAGGCAGUACGAUGCAGGGAUCAUGGAGCUGGGCCUCGUUUACACUCCUAUCAUGGCGAUCCCUCCAAAGCAGCAUACCUUCUAUCUCACUGGGUACUGCACAUCUAAGUGCACCCGGACUGCUUUGCCUCCAGGAGGUAUCUAUGUAUUUGCCUCCCAGCUGCACACCCACCUGGCUGGCCGUGGGGUCAGAACAGUUUUGGUGAGGGGAGGGAAAGAGCUGGAAAUGGUACAGGAAGACCAACACUUCAGUACAGACUACCAGACAAUACGAGUUCUGAAGAAAAUGAUAAAUAUUUUACCAGGCGACGUCCUUAUAACGAAGUGUACUUACAACACAGAGGACAGGAGCAAGCCUACAGUGGGAGGUUUUGGCAUCAUGGAGGAAAUGUGCGUCAAUUAUAUUCAUUACUACCCUCGGACUCAACUGGAGCUCUGCAAGAGCCACGUUGACCCAGGGUACCUGCAGAAAUAUUUUAGCUUCAUUAACAGGUUCCAUGGAAAUGACCAGUGUGUGUGUGGCGAUUCUGGUGUGACAGAUCAGUAUGCUCAGCUACACUGGGAUGAUUUUGCCGGAGAAGUGCUGGACUCUCUUUAUAACACAGCUCCCAUCUCCAUGCACUGCAAUCAGUCCACUGCACGCCUCUUUCCUGGUGAAUGGGAAAAACAGCCCCUACCAGAAGUGACCUCCAUCCUACCAAAACAUCGCUACCCCUGUGAAGGAGGUGCAGAGUCGUACAGCUGAGCCGGCUCCGCUCCAGUCUGAGCUGAAACAUCUGGAGUAGUUUGAGGACAGGGAGCGGUCAGCGGACCAACAGGAAAUUAAAGAGGAUUAUUAAAUGUGGCUUAGUUUGAAUUUAGUUUUAUCUCUACAUUAGCUGAUAAAUAGCAUCCACUGCUUACUGGAAUUAUAUACCUGUGCAAACACCCACCAGCUGUGUUUAUUAGUGCAUACUAAUUAAGCUAAUAGUGUUAUUCGUGUGUUACGUCUAAUGAAAAUGACAGUGAGAUAUUUUUCAUCACAAGUCUGUCGAUAUAAAAAUUAAAAAACAUAAAAGCUAUCCAAAAAUUAAUAGAAAAGGUUUGUUCCAUUUCUCACGAUUCUGUUAAAUUACACUAAAGAAUGGUAUUUGCCAUAUAGUUUAAUGUAAUGCAGU